GCGAAUUUUAUUUUUUUGGCAGUUUUGCUUUGUUUUGGGUGACACUCCUCUUUAGUCUACUUUGAGAUAUCACGGUGGAAAGAAGUGAAAUAUAAAUAUAGUCUUGUGGCUGAUUUAAAAAAAAUAUAUUGAGCACUCAAAAUGGUUAAAAUCCUUGGAAUUGAUGACAACUCGGAGGCAUUCUCCAUUUUGGUCACACUUGUUUUUGGAGUUUUUCUUUUAAUUGGAACGAUAGCUCUUUACAUGAAAGUAAUGGGCGACAAAAAUCGACAAGAUGAGAGUCACUUGCAACAGCUUAAUAGAGAGACUAUCAUCAAUCAUACAAAAGAAGAAUGAAUCACAUCAUUGCUAGUUUUAAUUGAGUAUAUUUGUAACAUGAUAAUAAUAAAUAGUGAAAAAAUCUUUCUAUAAAUCAGAG